AUGGACUCCACCCACCAAACCCUGGAGGCCCACGUGGCCGAGAAGAGCAUGGGGGCAGAACACAACGAAGGCCGGCGUCUCUCGGUAUCCUCCAUCAAGAAGAACUUCGAACACACCAAUAUCGCAAUGGUACCUGGGGACAAGACUCACUUGGACUUGCAAGACGAUGUCACUGGCCAGAGCAUCGAUGACAUCUCUCCUUCCUGGUUCGUCUGGCUGGUUGCUGCCACGGCCUCCAUUGCGGGCUCUCUCUUCGGCUACGACACCGGCAUCAUCUCUGCUGUACUGGUCUAUCUUGGUACCGACCUCGAUGGCCACACCACUUCUGCCAAUGAAAAGGAACUCAUCACCUCGCUGUGCUCUGGAGGAGCUUUCAUCGGUGCAAUCAUCGCUGGUCUCACCGCCGACAAGUUCGGACGAAAACUCGCCAUCUACGUCGGCUGUGCUCUCUUCACGAUUGGCGCAAUCCUGCAAGGAUCGGCUUACAGCAUCGCCCAAAUGGCCGUCGGUCGACUGGUCGUGGGCUUUGGAGUGGGCUCCGCAGCGAUGGUCGUUCCUCUCUACAUUGCAGAAAUCGCCCCGACCAAAGUGCGAGGCCGUCUUAUCGGUCUCAACAACAUGUCCAUUACAGGAGGCCAGGUCAUCUCUUACGGAAUUGGUGCAGCUUUCGCUCAUGUGGGAAAUGGAUGGCGAUACAUGGUCGGUCUCGGUGCCGUGCCAGCUAUCAUCCUCGUCUGCCUCCUGCCCUUCUGUCCUGAAUCCCCUCGCCAGCUCUGCUAUCACGGCCGCACCGCAGAGGCAGAACAGGUCAUUGCGAAAAUCUACAAAGGCGCAAGCAUGGAGCAGGUUCGCACCAAGGUCGCUUUGAUCACCGCCGCAUGCGAAGAAGCCAAAGAACUCAACGAAUGCUCCUCCCGCUGGUCCAAGAUCAAACUCCUCCACACCAACCCCGCCUACUUCCGCGCAUUGGUCUGCGCCUGUGGCCUCAUGGUUAUCUCCCAAAUGUCCGGCUUCAACACCCUCAUGUACUAUUCCUCCACCCUCUUCGCCCUGGUCGGAUUCUCCAACCCCGUCGCGGUCGGCCUCGUCGUAGCAGGGACAAAUUUCGUCAUGACAUGGAUCAACAUGAUGACCGUGGACCCGGUCGGUCGUCGCAGAAUUCUCAUAACCACCGUCUGGGGAAUGUCGGCCGGUCUGCUGGCUGUGGCGAUUGCAUUCAGCUUCAUCCCCGUCAACCUCAAAACCCUCGAACUCGAGGCCACAUCAAUUUCUCCCCCGGCGAUCGUGGUACUCGUCUUCAUCAUCUGGUUCGUGGUCUUCUACGGCGUCUCGGUGGGCAACACCGCCUGGAUGUCGACCGAUUUCUUCCCCAUGGAAGUCCGCGCCAUGGGAACCAUGUGGCUCACCUGUUCGUGCUGGGGAAGCAACAUUAUCGUCUCGUCCACUUUCCUUUCCAUGAUGAAGAGCAUGACCCCCAGCGGCGCUUUCGGCUUCUACGCCGCUAUCUGCGGCAUCGGAUGGGUGUUGAUCUACUUCUUCUACCCGGAGGUGUCCGGAUUGACGCUGGAAGAGAUCGGGAGCGUCUUUGAGCAUGGAUUCGGUGUCAAGUAUGCGAGGCAGUUGAGGAAGGAGAGGAAGGAGGAGAUUCAGGAGAGGUUGAGGACGAGGGAGAAGGUUAUUGCUAUGCAUUAG